AUGCUGUUCAAUCUUGUCUUCCGAUCACGAUUUCCAAGAUGUCUCCUUCGCGUCUCGCGUCGGCGCUUUUGCGUAACGCGUCGUUAUCAACAGGAUGAAGCCAUAUCGCUAAAGGUUGGCGGGAAUGGCUCCGUUGACCUAAAGAUCUUUCGAGCAACAGCCGCUACUUCAAAAAACAACGUAUUGAUACACUUUCUCCCGGGACCCCAACCUAGAGGAUCAGUACAGCGCUCGACGACGAUCGAUAGCCAAACGCUCGCCAACCAGUUCCCAGCCGCCACUGUGAUUGAGCUCUGUUACAGACUUGCGCCUCGGAAUCUCCAAGCCGACUACGAUCAUCGAUUUCCGACUCCUAUUCAUGAUGUCUUUGUCGCGUGGGACUACAUCCUCGAACGUAUUGGAUCCAACGAGAGUACCUACGGAACGAAAGAGGUUAAUCAUGAGAGACCAAAGAUAUGUCUGUAUGGCUCCAAUAUUGGUGGUGCACUCGCGUUGACCUUGGCCUUGACAAAUCCGGACCAAAUUCAUGCUGUCGCAAUUGAAGAUCCACUGGUGGACUGGGUCUCUCUGGAUGAGAUUGCCUCCCAUGUCCCUAUGAAGAGAAAGAUAAAUACUCGCAGGAACGAAGAACGAGAGGCACAAGCUGAAGCAGCAAGAGUGUUGGUGAAUCUGCGGUCGAGCCUGUUUAGAUCACCUUCGGGCUACUUCGACCCUUUCGCUAGCCCGACGUUGUUUCUGAGAGCACCUGGUCGAGAUACUCCUCUGACUCAGGCAGCUGCACUUGUCGAGUCUGAGGACGCUUACCUCGACGGGGCACCAAUCAGAUACGGGGACGAAGAAGAUGAGGUUGGCAUAGUCGAGUAUGGCCGUGAUGAUUUCGGUCCCUACGAUGAUGAUUGGCAUACAGUUGAAACUACGAAGAUUAGGGAGUCUUUUUACAGAACGUCCUCGGAUGGAGAAUCUACGAGCACUACUCUUGACUAUUCCGACGGUCCAGGGAAGGAGCGAGCAGAAUUAUCGUCGAUCCCAACCUCAGCCAGUCCGCGCCGUUACAAGGUUCUGAAAAGAUGGCCACCUAACAGUCAGCCAGAAGAUACAAUUCUACCUUUCAUUAACAUCUAUCUCAAUGCGCCUCCUGCACCUGUUGAAAUGGACAGAGAUAUUUCCAGUAACACCAAUACAUCGCCUGUUAUUCGUCUGCAAGGCCUCGAACUCUUGCAACUACUGCGACGUGCAUGUUUCUGGGGCAGGGAGAAGGGUCUGGCCGAAGAGCGAGUAAAUUUGGUUGAAGACGAAAGUCUUGCAGCUCCCGAACAGGGUCCUAACGUCCUGAUUCAAUGGUUGCGAACCAGGUACGAAGAUAUCUAG